ACCUUGGAAUAAAACAUCCUCUAAUCGAACCAUGAAUCUACAAAUUUGAGAAUCAAUUGGAAAAAAAAAAAGAAUCAUCAAAACCUAAUUUUACAUCUUGUUCGGAGCAGAUUGUUAUCGUGUGUGGCAACUGGCAAAAGAGUGGGAGAGAGAUGGAUUGGGAUAGCGUAGCAGCGGGGGAUGUGAUAGAGGCGUUAAGAGAAGUUGAGUGGUCGACGAGUCCUCGUUCCUUGGCGGAGUUCUUCUCCAGAUUCGCCUUCCCUCGCUCUUUCUCUAAAUGGAUGAGCCGCCUCAAAUGCAAUCUCUACUACUACAGGACGAAUUACUUCAUCCUCUUGAUUUUCGUUCUCGGUCUUGCACUUAUCACCCGACCUAUUGCCAUCAUCGGUGCUGCUCUUACUGCCUUGAGCCUAGCUUUCCUUAACGACAGUUUUGCAGCUACUUUCAAUGAAAAGGCUAUCCGGACCAUUAGGCAAUUCUCGCCGCAUUUAGCUGCAAAGAUGAGGCCUCCCCACAUGCCCGUCAUUCGUGGGCGAUCUGCGUCUAGAAAGACGGUCUACGUUUGUGGCCAACCACGUUUGGUGUUCGUGUUGCUUGGAUUAACCGCCAGCUUUGUCUUGUGGUUUACUUCCUGCGGUUUGUUAUGGGUCCUCUACGCACUUGCCACUGCCCUUCUCAUGAUCAUGCUUCAUGCAAGCCUUAGAACUCCAAACCUCAAGGCACGCUUGAACACAUUCCGCGAAGAGUUCAGAGCUGUCUGGCGUAACUACAGUGAACUUUAAAGUCAAACAAGAAGCUUUCAAGCUUGAAGGCUAUAAACCAAAAGCGGGGAUAUUAAACGUUUCAAGUAAGGGCAUAAGUUGCAACUCACUCCAUCAUGUGCGUGAACAACAACAAUCGCAGUUCUUCUCGUCUUUUAGUUAGCUCAGUAAUUGUAAAGCCACUUUGGUUUAGUUGAGUUGAAUCACAGGGUUGGUUGAUAAAUCUAAGACAAGAGAAUAUAGUGUUGUGUGCCGUUAAGGUUCAUUGUAAUGCUGCUGCUCUCAACACCAAGUCUGUGUAUCUAAAGGUUCAUACUCUUUUACUCUUUUACAUUUGUGUUAGUGAUUCAGCUUUUCGAUACCUU